AUGUCUGAUCAGGAACGGCGUUCCUCAACUAGUGAAUCCAGGAGAAAGAAGCAGGAUGACUAUGCUAGCCUAGAGGAAGGGCACCUCGACGAAAAAUCCAAAGAAAAAAGAAAACCUAGCACAAGCAGACGUUUGGGGGAAGUUGCCGAACAAAGUCGACCAUUUCCAGAGCUUCUGGUAAUGAGAUAAUGAAUUGACUGAAAAAGGUUUCAUUACUGAAGUACCACUUGGAUCUGUCCUUUCUUUUUUUAUCUAUUAUUACAAUCAUUCUAGUCCACGAAUGGCGUAGCUUACUGCUAUCUUGAUCUGGCAGAAAGGUGUCACCUUUGUUCUUUCUGGAUUUGUUAAUCCUGAGCGAAGUACUCUCAGGUCAAAAGCUCUGGCUAUGGGUGCUGAAUAUCGGCCUGACUGGACAUCAGAUUGCACUCUUCUUGUUUGUGCAUUUCCAAACACCCCAAAGUUUAGCCAAGUUGAAGCAGAAUGUGGUACAAUCGUCUCAAAGGUUUGGAAUCACACUUUAUCUUUCUGUUCAUUUUAGUUUCCCAUUUUUCUCCAAGGCUGCCUAUUUUGGUGUUUCGUAGAGUCUGUGCCAUCAAACAAAUCAGACUUUUUUGCUACCAUUUAUUUUUCAUAUAUCUAUUUUAUUUAUUCAGGAGGAAAGUCGAAUCUGUUUCCCUAGCAACCAAAAAAUAUUAUUAUUGGCGGAUUUAUAAUGUUUGAGGAUGUGUAAAUUCUUUUGUCAUGGCCCUUUAAUUGCUCUAUUUCCCUUUGGUAUUUGGUAGGAGUUUAUAAUAUUACUGUGAUAUCAGGACGUAUCUAGUCGGGAAAUUGUUACACUUUGUGUCCAUGGCAUUUUUAAAGCUGAAAUAGUCCUCUGAUGUUUGUACUCUAUGUAGAAUUAUUAAAAUUCAAAUGAACAAAUGAGAACUUGACAGAAACAGAACAUUGACCCAGCAGAACUUGCCAAAUGGAGCUAGAAUUAUGGUGGUGAAAUCGUCUUUUCAAGGGUUAGAAUUUAGAUGAUGACACAGAAAUAUGCACUAAUUGGGAGUGUGGAUGGAUGCCAUUUUAUUUUGUGUCAUGAAGGAAAAAAAAAAGAGAGAAAAUAAGACACUAUGCCAGUCUUCUUCUUUCGUCAACCUUCACUUAUCCUAAAAAGAUGGAUAAAAAUUAGAGGCGCUGGAAAUCUGUCUUUGCCUGCCAUGGGGGUGGACUAAUUUGCUCACUACGUUGUCUGUUGUUAUUCAUUUUUCGAAAGCUUUUCUCAAUUGUGUAUCGUAUAGGCUUCUCCACUGACCUGCUACCGUUGCAACUUUGAUGCAUUCAUUUGUGCAUUGGUCCUUUUUUAUUUAUCUGUAAUGUUUAGUGUCGUAUCAAGAAAUAUUCCACAUACACGUGCCUAACACAACCCUUAACUCUUGAACAUUAACAGACCAGACUUAAGUCCCUUAGUAUGUUUACAGAUUUUGGUUUGGUGAGGAUUUUGGUGCAAGUAUGAAUUAUUUUGAAGUGUGCACGUGAUUGACAGAUUGUGGUAACUGUGGGGUAAUUCUCUGAUAUUUGUACUUCUCUUGAAGGAUUGGAUAUCAGAAUGUUACAACCAGAAAAAACUUGUUGACAUUGACAGAUUUCUUAUGCAUGCCGGAAAGCCAUGGAGUAAAACCAAUGAUUUUCCCGUGGUUAGCCAAGGUAAUUGCAGUACUCAUGGUUGACGGCUAUGGAUUAUUAAUUAAUUAUAGCUGAUAAUUCAUCAAGUCGUUAGUGAAUGAAAUAGUUUCCCAGUCUAAAUAUAUAAUCACUUGGUCAACUUUACUGAAGAAAAAGUUUUUGUUUAGACUUGCAACACGUAAGGAUGCAAGAGUGUGGGGGUGUUAUAUAAACUUCUGCAUCUUCUGCAACAUCUACGUUACUUGCAACAUCUUCUGCAUAUGAAUUUCUUGUUAAAUAAACUUCUCUGUUUUAGUUGCACUGAUAACUUAUAGUGAUCAUGAACGUCAAUUAGUUGUUACCGUGAUCAUAUUAAAUUUCUUAUCUCUUAACGUACCAAGAAAGAUCCAUGAAUGAAUAAUGCGAUGUUUCAUAGGGUUUACUAACCUUUUUGUCUCCAAAAAAAAUGAAAAUCCUAUCUCCUUGGUCUUGGAUUGUGCAUCUCUUAUAUGUCUAAUCACAUGGAACUAUGGAUUGUUCAUGUAGAUCUUGGUCUCCAUUGGAAUUUGAAGUUUAGAGAAUAGACUAUUUAAUACCAAUUAUUUUGACUGAGGAGAAGGGGUCAGCUUGGAGGUGAAGCAUGCAGAAAAAAAUGAAGAGGUCAGCUAGGAGAAACAAUGGCCUGGGUAAGCCAGGAGACUGUCCGGGCCUAGGCCAGUUUUUUUCUUUUCUAGCUUUAUGUGUCAAAAUCAAGCCUAUAAAAAUAGCCCCCGCCUUGGAUUUUAUGUAGAACCUGGUUUCCUUGCCACGUGUGUCCCCUUUACUCUGACGAUAUGGGGGCAGUUUAUUAGUUCACUGUCUUCUGUUUUCUUUAUUACAAUUAUUAUGUGUUCUAUCUCUAGAAAAAUAAACGAUUUCUUGUACGCUAAUCAAUGGUCACUAAGCGGUUAAUAUCCAGUUGGGAGUAAUUAAAUGCUACUUGUGAGGGGAUGCAUUUUUAACCAUGUCCCAGAUGCUCUUGCAUAUUUACCUUCUUUAUAACUUUUUCAGGUUUUUUGCAUUUCAUCUUCCUGGCAUAUCGACAAGUAAUCAAUUCAAUCGCAUAUUCCUUGUGGCUUGGCUUACCAUAUGGGAAUAAGAAUCUCUUAUGCCUGAUCAUUCUCUAUAUUUUAGAUCUAAAAAUGCUCUUGGCAAAGUUUUUUAUAUGGGGAACUUGAAUGCUCUUGGCAUAUUGCCGUUUUGAAAGCAUUCCUUAUUCCGUUUAGAAGUCCAUAUUUUUUCCCUUCUUCUUCUUCUUCUUCUGAAAGUGAAGAUCACGUUAGGUGCCUCAUGAAUCUUCUGGAGAUUCUGCCGAGUUUUUUAAUUAUAUAACCUGAAUCUUUCACAAAGUAAACCUGAGACAGUCAGUGUAUAUCUCCCACAGAUUGGCAUCUUCAAUUUUCCAUGGGGGCACUCCAAGCUUAACAUCAUCUACUCUUAUAAAAUAAUUUAUAAUAUAUUAUAUCUGUGAGACAUAGGCCGAUUUCAUUUCAGAAAGUCCUGCAGAUCAAGGGAACAAGAUAUCUGGGGAAGUUGUGAAGGAAAUUAAGAGAAGUCCGCUCCAGAAAAACGAUGGACCUUCAAGAUCUGAGGUUAGUUUUAGCACACAAAUAGACAUUCAUUUUGUUUCUAUCAGAUGGAAAAUAAUUGUUUGAUUAGGACCCUGUGAUUUUUUUCUAGUAGCUAUUCUCUCUAUGAGCUCAAUUAACAAUCUUCUCAUGCAGAAUUUUACACCUUUUUCUUUCUAUCGUCUGCAGUUUGGGAACUGCUGUCCUUGUUGCCAUCUCACCUUGUGUUUGGAUAAUUUAAUAUAAUCCAAGGAGUAGAAAAACUUUAACAUUGGAAAUUGAGCUCACAGUUUGGCCAACUAGGUUGAAACUGUGAUUAACAAUUUGGCCAGUCUCUGAGGUGGGGCUGCCACCCUUACCGACCAAAAUUGUUCUCUCUAGAUGCUCAUUGAAGGCCCAUGAGCAUGGGGCACAUGCAUGAUUAUUCCAGUGUGCCUAUCGUUUUUGACCAGGCCACAAUCUUGGCUGGCGUCCUUGGAGCUUCUUAUGAACAAGGGGACCAAAAUAGGCUUUCUUCGAGUCACCCUUAUUGGCCGCAUAGCGGUCUGGGACACUUGGGGGAAGAAAUCUCAUAAAAAAAAUGCGUACAUGAAGCGAGUUGGUGAUAACCAUUUCUGAAGCCUUUGUAUUAUUAGCUAAAGUAAAGUACUGUUGGAAAGGUUCUUCUUUGUCAUAUGCCUCAUUCAUUUGCAGGGUGGAGCUCGUGGAAACGCACUCGACCAUCUUUCUCCAUCUAAGUUGAAGGAGCUGGCAAUCAUGGAUCUGACUGAAACUGUGUCUUGGCUUAAGAAACAAGAAGAGAUUGUGAGUUGUCUAGUGAUAUCUUUUUUUGCUCUAAUGAGUCUGUGGAUUCGUCAACUAGAUAGUUCUAGUUUUCUCUUUUUAAUGGCAUUGUUCACACCUGGUUUUCGUAACAUCAUUUUUUACUCAUCCCCUAUAUUUGAUAGCCAGAACCUGAUGAAAUAAGGAAGAUCGCUGCUGAAGGGAUUAUAACUUGCUUGCAGGAUGCAAUUGAUGCUCUUGAUCGUAAUCAGGUUUUUACAUCCUUUGUUCUGUAGCGUUCGGAUAUGAUAAUCAUCUUGAAAUUGCUACCUCUAUUUUAUUUCCUUGUCGAUCCUGAAUUGUGUUGGGUGUUUCAUUAUUCAAGAACUUCCUUCAUACUGAAAAAAAUUCAACUUAGCUCCUUUUAAUGACAUUUUUUAAAUAAGUUAUAUUUCAGAUUAACUCAAUUCUCUAUCAUUCAGCCAAAAAAUAAAGUCAUCAGUUACUAGCCCUGCUCAGAAUUCAUCCGUAUCAACCUACAUCCCCAUUGCUAGAAGCCCAUUUGACCACCUGUGUGACAGUAAUAUCGGUCACCAAACAAUGAUUUCAAGGCCAGAUUGAAUUGGUCCUUUUUUAACCAUCUGAACUUUGGUUCAAAACUUUGGACUAACCAAUUUUAGGGUAGUUUAGUCAUCUAAGAUUUGAUCUCCAGUGGAAAGGUUUUGAAAAUCGAAAGCAGGUAGGUAUAGCAUUAUCCAGGAGAAGUACAGUGGGAAGAUUUCUGAGGAAGAAAAGAUGCUUUCUGACGAAGUGGAUCAGUAUGGUCGGGCAUAGGGUACCUGCUCUCUGUCCCCAUUAUCUUCUCAGCUUAGAUAAUAUGUUUCACAAGACGUUCUAAACUCUGAUGCGCUUGAAGUAUUGUUCUUGGUCGAAUUCCUUGUUUUGAUGAUCUGUCAUCAUGUAUAUGCUUCUUUUCCGAAUGUUGAACAGCAUCUGAUCCCAAUCAUCGUCUCCUAUUCAGGAUAUCCGAUCUGUCACUGAUGAGUGGAUGUUUGUUCCACGUGUGGUCAGAGAGUUGGUUGACCUAGGCUCCAGAAAUGGAAAAGUCUCACUCACCAGACAGGAGCUGUCGAAAUUGGCUCUUGACUGCAAACACGCUUAUGAGGUGGAGUUCUGCAGCUUAGAUGAUUACCAUAAGGCGUCUAAGCAUUCCAAAGGAGAAGGUGCUGAUCAUAAAGAAAAGGAACAGAAAAAUUUGGAUGAGGGGUUUGACAGCGACUCAACGAUUGAAAUGACAGAAGAAGAAAUUGACCUAGCUUACAAGGGGAUUUCAUUUCUCUGA